AUGAGGAUGACCGCCCGUCUCUUGACGAUACUCGCACUCUCCGCCGUCUUCCUCCGCGCCGCCAACUCCCUCUGCGCGCCGCGGCCCACCACCAACCCCAUAUACCCCUUCCUGGGCAGCCCCUCGCCGGCAAAGGACGAGAGGGAGGCGGAGCCGGCGCCGCCGCCGCCGCGUUCUUCGUCCGCGGCCACGCCGUCCCCCUCCGUCCUGCCACCGAUCUCCGGUGUCUUCGAAAGGUUCGUCAAGGAAGUGUGCAACCAUACCGACAACCCCGAUCUCUGCUUCUCCUCCGUGCAGCCGUAUAUCUUCCCCGUCCAGGGAAAACCCGCCAACGCCGCCGCCAUCCUCGACAUGGAAAUAAAAGCCUGCUCCACCAAGACCCAGGAGGCCCGCAACGUCGCCGCCAAGAUCGCCGCCGACCCCGCCACGGGGAAGAUGAUGGCCUCUAUCAUCCAGACCUGCACGGACAGCUACGAUGACGCGAUCGACAACCUGGACAGCGCCGGCAAGGCCUUGGCUGCGCGCGACCUCGCAACCCUAAACAGCAUGUUGAGCGCCGCCAUGACGGACUACUCCACCUGCGAGGAGGGCUUCCAGGAGACGCCGGGGAUCAACUCCCCCAUGGCCGAAUACGAUGAUCUUCUCACCAAGCUGAGCAGCAACUGCCUCGCUAUUGCCGAACUGGUCAAGUGA